AUGGCGUCCAGCAAACCUAUGAAUUUGCGCUUAAAACGAAGAGCUGUUAUUGAGUUCCUUACUGCAGAGGGAGCUGCACCCAUCGAUAUUCAUAGGAGAAUGAAGCUUGUCUAUGGUGAAGCAUGUGUAGAUGUAAAUACUGUUCGAAGAUGGGCAAAGGAGUUCGCUGAAGCCAGUCGAGCAGAGACAAAUUUGCAUGACCAAGCUCGCUGUGGUCCUCCCAACUCUGCCAGUGAUGUUCAACACCAGGAGAGAGUGGAUGAAAUCAUCCAAGCAAACCGGGUUAUCAAAGUAAGAGACGUCAGUGAAAUGCUAGGGAUUUCUGUAGAGGGUGCUCAGUGCAUUAUCCAUGAUGUGUUGGGUUACAGGAAAGUGUGUGCACGGUGGGUUCCCCACAUGUUGUCACCCAAGAUGAAAUUUAACAGAAGUCAAGUUGAUGAUGAACUCCUGGCUCGUUAUAACCGAUGA